CAUCAGCUCAGUGGUUUAGCAUCCCGCGUUCCGCACAAUGUUUUCCUCCAUUUCCGCUACAGUGGCGACCUAUCUCCCGCUUUUCUUGCUCCUGACCAAGUCGUCUCUCGCAGUAUGUAACCGCUCCGAACUGCUGGCCACUGCCUCCAAGUUCGUCACAGCGGUGUCAACAGGCUCCAUCUCCUCCCUCCCUCUCUCCACCAACUUCACCUACCGCGAGAACAACAAAGCCGCCUCCAUCACCAACACCGCCGUCUUCUCCCAGCCCCUAAAGGUGGACCUCUCCCGCUCCACGGCCGACACGGUGGCCUGCGCAAGCUACACGCUGAUCAUCUCGGCAUCCGGCCCGAAGCCCUACGUGCUCGCCACGCAAAUCCGCCACCCGGACGACGGAAACACGAGCACGAUCGCGCUGGUCGACACCAUCGCAGCGACGACAGGCUCCCUCUUCUUCAACGCGGCCAAGACACUAAGCUACAUCCGCAACGAGACGUGGACCGACCUCCCGACGGCACAGCAGCCCAGCCGGGACCUGCUGCGCAAAGUGGGCGACGCCUACCUCGACAUGUGGACGGACCGGACCGCGGCGGACGCCAUCCCCUGGGGCACCGACUGCGAGCGGGUCGAGGGCAGCCAGUACACGCGCCCCUGCGGCGCGCAGCUGCCGCGCGGGGGCAGCCAGCGGAAUAACGGGCAACGGCGGUACGUGAUUGACGAGGUCGUGGGUAGUGUGGAUGUGUUGUGCAGCUUUGAUGCGCUGGGAAGUCUGCCGGAUAGCCAUGAGAUUCGCGUGGAGGCUGGGAAGGUGAAGUAUGUCCAUACUGUUACUGUGUGAGGGUCGGUUGGAGAGGGGAGGAGGAAGGGGGGUGUGGAUAACAGGUUGGAAGCUGACGUGAUUUGAAUUAUAGUAGGCUCUGUUUGGUUCAUGAACAGUUCACAGCAGGUAGUAGAAUUCAGUCUGCCGUCUCCAUGUUACCGUAAUGCACAGUAAUCUGCGCACUAGUUACUAGUAAUAAGGUGUGAGUACUAGUAGUAAGCAUCCCAUCCUCCUUGGGUCUACGCGGCUCGGCUGCCUUUCACUCCCACACCAGGCAUCACAUUAUCAAUACCUAGCUUACCACCAUUGCCGUUUACGGUUGAUGACCACAUCGCCGGAGCUCGCGACCUUGUAGGCGCCUCCAGGUCAAGUGUAAAGCAUCAUGGCCGCAUGUUGCCAGACAUCAAACUUGACAAAACCCGGGGCGACGGAAUAGGGGUUCCGGUGGGAAAAGGUCUGUUCAACAUCCCGAUCUCGGAAGAGAAAAGGAGAAAUUAAGAAAGACUAAUGAA